AUGUCUCUCAGGGGUUUUAUAUUUUGCUGUUUGAUUGCAAUUAGCAUAGCACAGAAUGAAACUAAUAAUAAGCUUUUUCCUGAAGACUUUCUGUUUGGUGUUUCCACAGCUGCCUUUCAAAUAGAGGGUGCAUGGGAUGAAGAUGGCAAAGGUGAAAAUAUAUGGGAUCGCUAUACGCACUCUUAUCCUGAAUUAAUAGCUAAUAACGACAAUGCUGAUGUGGCUUGUGACUCUUAUCACAAGUACAAAGAAGACGUGGCUAUGUUGAAAGAAUUAGGAGUUGAUUUUUAUCGAUUUUCUCUAUCCUGGUCAAGGAUACUUCCUACAGGGUUUGUAAACAAAAUUAAUCUUCCCGGAGUGACGUAUUACAAGAACCUAAUCAAAGAACUAAAAGACAAUGGCAUCGAGCCUCUAGUCACCAUGUACCACUAUGAUCUGCCGCAACCGUUGCAAGACUUAGGUGGAUGGACAAGCGAGUUCGUAAUAGAAGCUUUCGCUGAAUACGCUAGACUAAAUUUCGAACUCUUUGGAGACGACGUAAAAUACUGGCUGACAUUUAAUGAACCCAAACAAACUUGUCUAUAUGGUUACAGUCUAGGGAUUUUUCCCCCAGCAAUUGCAUCGCCAGGAAUAGGAGAAUAUAUAUGUACUCAUCAUGUACUCAAAGCUCAUGCUAGAACUUGGCAUAUAUAUGACCAAGAAUUUAGAGCUACACAGAAUGGGCAAGUGUCAAUCACUACUGAUACUUACUGGCAGGAACCCGCAUCUGACAGUGAAGAAGAUAUAGCUGCUGCUGAAAGAGCAUUACAAUUCGCUUAUGGAUGGUACGCAAAUCCUAUUUACAACAGCGACUACCCAGAAAUAAUGAAGACACGCAUUGCAGAACGUAGUUUAGCUGAAGGCUUCAAUCAGUCCCGUCUUCCAACAUUCACCGACGAAGAAAUCUCCUACAUUAGCGGCACUUUCGAUUACAUGGGUGUCAAUAUUUAUACUUCGUACCUAACAGAAGCUAUGGAGGAAGUACCAAUCGGAGAACCAAAUUACGAUUCCGAUAUGGGUGUUAAAAGCUACCAACCAGAUGAUUGGGAGUCAUGUGCCGCUUCUUGGUUGAAGAUUACUCCAUGGGGAAUGGGAAAACUUUUAAACUGGUUGAAGCAGACAUACAACAAUCCAGCAAUUAUAAUUACAGAGAAUGGUGUCACAGAUGACGGUUCCACCUUAGAAGAUGAUCAGAGGGUCCGUUAUUACAGGGAUUAUCUCAGCAAUGUAAGAAGUGCUAUGGAAGAUGGAGUGAAUGUAAUUGGCUACACUGCAUGGAGUCUUAUGGAUAACUUCGAAUGGAGACUGGGUUACACGCAAAAAUUCGGGCUCUUCCAUGUAGAUUUUGACGACAUUAAUAGGACUAGGACGCCUAAAACAUCUGUGGCUUACUACAAAAAAAUUGUUGAGACCCAUUGUUUAGUAGACACUUGUGAGGGAUAUUAUGAACACAUAUAUAAGGCACAUGUUAAAAGAAUUGUAUCAGUCAUGUCUCUAAAAGGUUUUAUAUUUUGUUGUUUGCUUGCUAUUAGCAUAGCACAAGAUGAAACUAAUAAUAAACUUUUUCCCGAAGAUUUUAUGUUUGGUACAGCCACAGCCUCUUAUCAAAUAGAAGGUGCAUGGGAUGAAGAUGGCAAAGGUGAAAAUAUAUGGGAUCGCUAUACGCACUCUUAUCCUGAAUUAAUUGCUAAUAAUGACAAUGGUGAUGUGGCUUGUGACUCUUAUCACAAGUACAAAGAAGACGUGGCUAUGUUGAAAGAAUUAGGCGUUGAUUUUUAUCGAUUCUCACUAUCUUGGUCAAGGAUACUUCCUACAGGAUACGUAAACAAAGUUAACCUUCCCGGGGUGACAUACUACAAAAACCUAAUCAAAGAACUGAAAGAUAACGGCAUCGAACCCCUAAUCACCAUGUACCACUGGGACUUGCCACAACCCUUGCAGGACUUAGGAGGAUGGACAAGUGAAUUCGUAGUGGAAGCUUUCGCGGAAUACGCGAGGCUAUGCUUCGAACUCUUUGGAGACGACGUGAAAUACUGGCUGACAUUUAAUGAACCUAAGCAAAUUUGCCAAGGAGGUUAUGGCAUGGGAUAUGAUGCUCCAGGAAUUAAAAUGCCAGGAUUAGCAGACUAUUUGUGUGCCCACCACGUGAUCCAGGCUCACUCUAGGGCUUGGCAUAUAUAUGACCAAGAAUUUCGGUCUACACAACAAGGACAAAUAUCAAUCACUAUAGAUACUCUCUGGUUCGAACCUGCUUCCGACAGUGAAGAAGAUAUAGUUGCUGCUGAGACAGCACUACAAUUCACCUAUGGAUGGUAUGCAAAUCCCAUCUAUAACAGCGACUACCCAGAAAUAAUGAAGACUCGCAUUGCAGAACGUAGUUUCGCUGAAGGUUUCAAACAAUCACGUCUUCCAGCAUUCACCGACGAAGAAAUUGCAUACAUCAGCGGCACUUUCGAUUACAUGGGCCUGAAUAUGUACACUUCGAUGCUAGUAACAGCCAAGGACGAAGUUCCAAUUGGGGAACCAAAUUACAACUACGACGUGGGAGUUCAUGGCUACCAGCCCGAUGAUUGGGAGUCAACCUCCAUAUCUAGUAACAAGAUAACUCCAUGGGGUAUAAGAAAACUUUUAAAUUGGUUGAAGGAAACCUACAACAAUCCAGCAAUUAUAAUUACAGAAAAUGGUAUCGCUGAUAAUAGUUCCAUCAUAGAUGAUGUUAAAAGAGUUCGUUUUUACAGGGAUUAUCUCAGCAAUGUAAGAAGUGCUGUAGAUGAUGGAGUUAAUGUAAUUGGCUACGGUGCAUGGAGUCUUAUGGAUAACUUCGAAUGGGGACUGGGUUACACACAAAAAUUCGGGCUCUACCAUGUAGACUUCGACAGCAUUAACAGGACGAGAACACCUAAAGCUUCUGCGGCCUACUACAGGAAGGUUGCCGAGACUCAUUGUUUGAUAGAUACUUGUGAGGAAUAGACAAAAGUUUAUAUUUUCAAUUAAAACUAAAAUAUUGCCA